AUGGCUCCAAAUGGGAAAAUGCGUGAAAUCGUGUCUUUGCAUGUGGGACAAGCUGGAGUGCAGAUAGGGAAUGCUUGCUGGGAAUUGUAUUGUCUUGAACAUGGAAUCACUCCCGAUGGUCUUAUGCCAGCUGACUCGACAAUGGGAGUUGAAGACUCAUCUUAUAACACUUUCUUCUCAGAAACUCAAUCCGGAAAACACGUGCCAAGAGCGAUCUUUAUGGAUCUAGAGCCGACUGUUGUUGAUGAGGUCCGUACUGGAACCUAUCGUUCCCUUUUCCAUCCUGAGCAACUCAUCACUGGAAAAGAGGAUGCAGCUAACAACUAUGCUCGUGGACACUAUACGAUUGGCAAAGAGCUUAUCGAUGUUUGUGUGGAUCGAAUUAGACGCUGCACCGAGCGCUGUCAGAGUCUUCAAGGCUUUUUGAUCUUUCACUCAUUUGGCGGAGGAACUGGUAGUGGCUUUUGUUCGCUGAUGAUGGAACGUCUCUCAGUGGACUAUGGGAAAAAGGCGAAACUCGAGUUCUCGAUCUAUCCAGCUCCACAAAUUAGUACAUCAAUGGUUGAGCCAUACAACUCUCUUCUCACGACUCACACCACUCUAGAGCACUCGGAUUGCUCGUUCAUGCUCGACAAUGAAGCUGUUUACGAUAUUUGCAAGAAGAACCUUGGGACUAAGAGCCCAAGCUACACAAAUAUCAAUCGUUUAUUGGCUCAAGUUGUCUCCUCCGUGACCGCCUCUCUUCGUUUUGAUGGAGCACUAAAUGUGGAUUUGACUGAAUUCCAGACAAAUCUUGUUCCAUAUCCGAGAAUUCAUUUCCCACUGAUUACUUAUGCUCCCGUCAUUUCAGCUGAAAAGGCUUAUCACGAACAAUUGACCGUCAAUGAGAUCGCUAAUCAAUGCUUUGAACCAGGCAGUCAAAUGGUUCGAUGUGAUCCAAGAAAUGGAAAAUAUAUGGCUUGUUGUUUGCUCUUUAGAGGAGAUGUUGUUCCAAAGGACAUCAACGCCGCGAUCCCGCUGAUCAAAACAAAGCGAUCGAUCCAAUUUGUGGACUGGUGUCCAACCGGUUUCAAAGUCGGCAUCAACUAUCAACCACCGACUGUUGUGCCUGGAGGUGAUUUGGCUAAAUUGCAACGGGCUGUCUGCAUGCUUUCGAAUACAACGGCUAUUCAAGAGGCUUGGGCUCGUCUCGAUCACAAAUUUGAUCUCAUGUAUGCGAAGAGGGCUUUUGUGCAUUGGUAUGUUGGUGAAGGAAUGGAAGAAGGAGAGUUCAGUGAGGCUCGAGAGGAUAUGGCGGCGUUGGAGAAAGAUUAUGAAGAGGUCGGCGUGGACAGCUUCGAUCCGACUGAAGAGGAAUAC